AUGUCAAUGAAGGCUGCCUCUGAACAAUUUGCCGUCUCUUACUCGACACUCAAUGAUCACUUUCACGGACGACAUCAGCUGAAGUAUGGGAGACCGCCCGCCCUAGAUGCAAACGAAGAAAGACUUUUGUCCGAAAUCCUGCAACUUUGCGGCAAUUGGGGAUUCCCCUUGAAGCCAAUUGACAUCAAGCAUAUUGUAAAGCAUUAUUUAACAAAGUGUGGGUUGACAGAACCAAGGUUUAUAGAGAAUUUACCUGAAACAGUUCUGUCCUUCCCUAUGGCGAUCAAUUUCAACUAUGAACCAAUGCUGAUAUUAUUCGUUGGGCCGUAUUCGCAGAAACCGCUUUACCAGCUUGCCUACACUUGCAUUACUUCCAAACAACGAAUCUUGGUAUAUUAUGUUUCAAUAACUACUCUCGUGUUCCUUCCUGUAUUGACAAUAUUCACGUGUUUCUAUUUCAAGAUUGCCGUUCUCAUUUGGAAACAUAGAAAACCUAUCACAUUGCGAUCGAAAGAAUCCGAAAAUAAGCUCGAUACAGAAGAUCCAUCGUUCAGUACAACCAAAUCAACUGCUUUGUCCAAUGUGAGCAGAAGUCCUGGACCUCGUUUGAAGAAAACGAGGAGUAUACAUGUUGAGAGAAAAAUUAGAACAUUCCGAAUCGUGUUGGUUCUCAUGAUUUCCUUUGCUGUCUGCAGAUUACCGUAUUGCAUAUAUUAUAUCAUUCGAUUAGUAGGUACAGAGACGAGCAAGGCAAGCUGGAAUAUCAAUUUUGCUCUCGUUGCUCUCAACUUGCUCAGUUGUGCCUUGAAUCCGUUGUUAUACCCUUUUCAAAACGAAACCAUUAAUGCCAUCAAAGUGAUCAGUGAUUUUGUAUUUAAAGUAUGUUGUUGCUGUUUCAGUAAUGAUGAAUUCGAAGAGUUUGAAAAAGAAGAUUCUUUCCUCAUUGAUGAGUAUUUAUAUUUAGGGCAGCUUUCCGAGUUGAAGGGUGAAGUGAAUAAUUUCGACAUGAAAUAUAAAUACGUACACAGGUUCCUGAAAGACGUUGACACAGACACGAAGGNAAAACAUUAUAAAAGAAGAAAACUCUACGAUAUAUAUACACUUAUACACACAUAUAAUAUAAAGGUUACAAUAAUCAUGCCGCCAG